GCCCUAUUGUUGAGCUCCUUCAGCUCUGAUAAUUUGUCAGCACCCGACGAAGAUGGAGAAAUGAACAACCUUCAGAUAGCCAUCAGUCGAAUCCACUUUGGUUUCACUUGGCUGCUGGACGGCAUCAAAGAUCUCUUCAACGGGAACCUGGCGGGCUGCAGACAGAAGGCCAAAGAGAAGCAGGUGUCACUGAAAGAGAAUCACAUUGAGUGCAACGGCGGUGUGGGAAGUUUAGAGCAGCAUGGAGGGAAGUACAUUACUCCAGAAGGAGAGGACAGUUACAUUACCAAUCCCAACCUUACCAUCUGUGUGCCCAUUGCGCCAGGAGAGUCGGAUGUGGAAUUCCCUGAGGAGGAGGAUGAUGAGGAGACAGAGUCAUCAGAGGAUGAAGAGCAGAAACUG